ACUCCCUUUCUGCUUGAAGACGUGCCUUUUUUUAUUGAUUUGCUUGAAAGGCUAAAAAAGAAAAACUUUCGUUCCCUUUAGUAACUCAGUUAAUAAUGGCAGAGACAAAACCCAUUUGUUCCAGCAUCGAAUGCCGGAAAGAAGCUCAUUUACAGUGCCCUACUUGUGUAAAAUUGGGAAAUACUGAAGGUUCUUUUUUCUGUUCUCAAGACUGCUUUAAGAAGAGCUGGGGUGCUCAUAAAGCUGUUCAUGGAAACACAAAAGGUCUAUACGAACCAUUCAAGACCUUCAAGUAUACAGGCCCUCUUCGUGCUGUUUAUCCUCUUUCACCUCGUCGUGCAGUCCCUCCAGAAAUUGCUAGACCUGACUAUGCCGAAACUGGUAUUCCUAGAUCCGAGAUUUUAGCGAGAAACUCUGAUAUCAAAGUAUGCACACCUGAAGAAAUUGAAGCUAUUCGUGUAGCUUGUAAGAUUACUCGUGAAGUUCUUGAUAUUGCCGCUCAAGCGAUUCGUGUUGGUAUUACAACAGAUGAAAUUGAUCGUAUUGUUCAUGAAGCUACUAUUGAACGUGGCGCAUAUCCAUCUCCAUUAAACUACAACUAUUUCCCCAAGUCUUGCUGCACAUCCGUAAACGAAGUCAUUUGUCACGGUAUUCCGGACCAAAGACCUUUAGAAGACGGCGAUAUCUUGAAUAUUGAUAUUAGUUGUUAUUAUAAUGGAUUCCAUGGAGAUUGUAAUGGUACCUACUUUGUUGGUAACGUAGAUGAGGCCGGUCAAAGGCUUGUUAAAGUUACUCGAGAAUGUUUGGAGAAGGCCAUCGCUAUCGUAAAACCAGGUACAAGGUAUCGCGAUUUCGGUAAAGUGAUUGAAGAACAUGCUACGAAAAAUGGUUAUUCUGUAGUGCGUACAUUUGUCGGCCACGGUAUCAAUCAGCUUUUCCAUUGUGCACCUAAUGUUCCUCAUUAUGCUAACAAUAAGGCUAUUGGUGUCUGCAAACCCAAUCAUAUCUUCACCAUUGAACCUAUGAUCUGUGAAGGUGUCCAUCAAGAACAUAUGUGGCCUGAUGGCUGGACAGCUACAACAAAAGAUGGCAAGCGUUCUGCACAGUUCGAACAUACCCUUCUUGUUACAGAAGACGGUGUCGAAAUUUUGACUUAGAAAACUUUGAUAUUGUCAUUCAAUUUAUGCAACCUUUAGAGAGAAGCAAGGAAGUUUACUAGAUCAGAAACGAGAGCUUUUAUUUCUUCAUAUUUGAUUUAUAAAUCUAUGUUAGGCACAUACUGUCAUUAAUCUAUUCUAGUAGCUGUUCUUUGAGCAUUAUUUACAGUAUCAUUAUUCAUUCUCUUCCUCUUGUGUUUAUGUUUGAAAAUAUACAUCCUACUAUAGAACGUUGCCUGUUGUUUAUAUCCUUUCUUUUACAUUGAACGCAUUCUUCAGGUAUUGGUUAAACGACUGUCGAUGACUUAGAGAUUCUGUAAUUAAAGGAAUGUAGUUUGAAGGUGCUUCAAACUGUAUGAGAAGAAAAGUUAAUAGAAUUUGGUUUAAAAAAUGUUUGUUUAUGAAGGUGAAAUGCCCACCUUAUCAAUAUGAGGAGGUUUU